AGACAAGCAGACCCCAAUUCUGAGACCGUACUUGUGUACAUCUACAUUUUUGCAUUCUUCAUCACAGGAAUGAGCGACGUCGCGACUGCAAACGGCGGUGGCUUCCGUCCUGAAGCCGACGGCUACCAGGCAGUGCACACGCCUACACUGGACGAGAAGCACAGCAGUGACACGACGACAGUUCCGGCAGACAGCACAGAGGUCCGACCUAGCCCGAAGAAGUGGCACAAGCUUUUUCACGAGUAUCGGGUCAUCGAAUAUGCGUUUGCCAUCGUUCUGUACAUCAUUGCAAGAAGACUGGGCAAGUGGGUGAAGAUGCACAGGCGUGAGUAUUGAGACGACAGAAGUAAUGGCCAUUUGCCUACAAAAUGUUUCAACGAAGUUGCUACUAUUUGACCAGGCGCCUUCCCUCGGAUUGAAAUGCGCUUGAACUCGACCACCAGCAUUUGGGGACGAGACCCUGCUAUGGAUCAGGAAAAGCUGUCCGAGCAAGUGCCGAUGUAUAUGCUAAUUAUCGUCAGCCUCGCGAUCGCAAUCGUGGUCAACCUCUCAAUAAACUACGUGUUUCCCAGGCUUGUCAAGGUCCGCGACAUUGAACACGACUUCCGCGACUUUCUGCUGAGUCUAGGUCAAGCUAUCACGCUCUCGACCUUCCUGGUGAACUUCAUGAAGAACAUGACAGGUCGAUUUCGUCCGUGUUUCUACGAUAUGUGCGGCUGGAACUACGACGUGGUUUGGGAUGGCACCACGGACUUGUGCAGCGACUCGGAUGGCGAUGACGAAGGGCGAAAGAGUUUUCCAUCCGGACAUUCAUCAUUUGCGUGGUCAGUUAUGGGCGUACUCACGCUCUACCUUCUCGGGCGUGCAAGACUCACUAGUGCUGAGCAAAGCAGCUCGAUUCUUCAAGAAGGCAUACGGACGUUCAAGCUCUUCUUCUGCUUUCUGCCGUGCUUGGGGGCUGCGUGGGUCGCCAUCACACGCUCCACAGACAACCGACACCAUUACAGUGACAUCGUUGCGGGCAGCGUAAUUGGCGCUGCAGCCGCUUGCCUGGCUUACAACCACAACUACGGAUCGAUUUAUAGCUGGGAGAUGGCAGGGUUGCCGUGGGAAACCAUCCACGAGCGGAGAAAGGCAAAAGUAGACGAUGUCGUGAGCAGCUCACAGAUUGAGGAGGGGGCCGCCAACGGGGGGGCAUAUCGUCGAAACGAUCAAUCGCACUAGCAACACGUUCAAUGUGGGGACGAUAAGUUCUCGUUGAUAACAAGUGAUAACCCCCUAAUACGUGAGUCAAUGACUUGAAAUCGGGCAAAUGAGUUUACCCACACCGCGGGUGCACUGCAGCUGACGCAGGUGAUCAUGGACGCUAGAGAUCAAAUUGAUUGUAGUGCUCGUGAUCACAACUACGGUGUCCGUUGGAAGCUAUCAGGGUCCAUGAUUCUGGGAAAUGAUCUGGCCAUGUUUGUCAAGGCGAAGCUAAAAGACCUGUGAGCAAUUGUUUAUCGGACGGAUAGGCCCACCCACGCAGGUGCAGGUGAUCAAGAACAACGAUCAAACGGAUUUUCGUUGCCACAUUUUGUUGAUUAUAGCCUGUCCUUGUUUUGUUUCUGGUUUUCGGUGACCAGAUGCGAGAUAAAAUCUGAUACAACUGUCUGUCAGAACACUUACUUUAGGUAGAUGAGCUGAUAUUUUUCGGAACUUGGCUGAGUAUUUGUAGGAGGCUAUCCUCUUAUUAUCGAUGACACAGAAUUUAAACAGUCGCACCAGAUUAAUCAAUCCCAUCCUGGUC